CACAGACACAGGAUGCAACAUGCAGUAUGAAGUAUGUCUUUUCAGUCUUGCCUUCUUUAUGUUUAAUUCAUUUGUUCAAAAAGGCAUUUAUGGUCUGAAGCUGUACCAGAACCCAUAUGUUACAGCUGCAGUAGGGGGCACAGUCAUAAUGAACUGCACUGCAUCCAGUGAAACUGUAGGACCUUUCAAAUGGUACAAGGGUGGAGGGCAGGAGAAGCUCUUGUACUCGCAUGGUGCUCCUAAUGAAUCAGAUCCACGAAUACGUACAACUAGCAAUAAUGAAAGCAACAGAGCAACUGAUCUAUCCAUCACAUUUGUAAAUAUUACCUGGGGAGAUGCAGGAGUUUAUUACUGUGUGAAGUUCAACUCAAGUAAAGUACACGUGGCAGCAAAUGGAUCAGGAACUCAACUUCAUGUAAUCCAUGCCCCUUAUUCCACCUUGACAACUGCUUUUAACCAGUCGGACUCCUCUCAGUGUGGGCCAUCCUGCACUAUCAUAUUUGGAAUAACAUCUGCUUCCUUAGUUGUUCUGUUCUUUUUAAUCAUUCUAGUUAUUCAACAGAAGAAAAGAAGAAAGGGCAAUAAUGCCUCUCAAAAGAGAUUAGCUGUCACAAACCGUGAAGCAAAACUAGAAAUCUCUGAAGCAGAACCAAAAGAGGGUAUGAACAAUGAUGGUAUUACAUAUGCUUCACUUCAAAUACAAAAUGGAUCAUCGCAAAAAAGAAAGAUACAGAAACAAAAGGGUCAUGAAGAUGGAGAAAAGUAUGCAUCUGUCCAUUUCGCAGGUGCAUCAGAUGAAGGCAACUAUGCUGAUCUCAGUUUUAACAAGUCGAGUAAAAAUGCAAUAAUUCCAGAGUAUUACAUUGAUGAGUAAACAACUGAGUGUACUUCAAUGGCAAGGAAAACAAACAAUCUAAAAAGAAAGCAAAUUGUGAUUACUACAAAUUGUUUCCCCUCUACAAUAACAAAUGCAUAAAAUGAAAUGAUGGCAUAUCUUCAGAUCAAAUGACUGCACUGAAUAUUUUCUUACAAUUCUACUGCCUGAAUAAACUUUUCUCUUAAAGCUGCAUCAAUAGCAAUUUAAAAAAUAUGAACAGCAUAUGCUUAUUGUAAAUUUGGUUCUGCAUGCUAAUAUAACAUGCGACUUGCUUUUUUAUAUCAUGUCUUCUCUGUCAUAGUGCCUAUAUUAGAAUUACAGUGAUACAUGGAUUAAAUGAUUUAAUAAGAUGUUACACUAGUCUUGAAUAAGUUGGAUGCCAUAUAACUCCAUCCAUAAGUUCAACAUAUUAGUGUUGUAAUUGAUCACAAACUGAUGUCUAAGCUGAAGUUUAGCGCACCACUCUGUGAUUUACUUUGCCAUAUUACAAACAACACUGAGCCUUCCUGUACUCUGUUUAGACUUCGGAAUGCUACAACACAUUUUAUUUUCUGUUUAGCUUUUUUGUUAGUUUUAGGCAUUAUUCAUGUGUCUUAUUUUGGCUAAUAUAGAAAAGAUAAUACCUUAUUACUUGAAGUUGUCAGUAACAUUUUGAUACUGAUCAUCAGAAUAAUAGAAAUAGCAAAUGGAAUAUUUUGAAUGCAUUUUAAGGAGUGACAGAAUAUAGCUAAAACUUCCCCAAUUAUUUAUGUCUUUAAUUUGUGGAUUAUGUUAGUGUCACUAAAAGGGUACUGUAUACUGCACGUCUGCAUUUGGGGACUUAUCACUCGCUACUGUUAGCUCAGUGAAAUAUUUGAUCCCCAGGCCACACCAUUUUUCUUUGUCAGUACAAACAAUGUUUUGGAUAGCAUUUCCUACACAAACAGAUGAGUUUAACGAAUAAAAACCAAACAACUAAA